UAUCGUUGGAGGCCAAGACAUCCUCCUCACAUGGACACACGUCUCUCACACGCUGACUCAGCACACCCUGAUGAGCUCGAUGAGGAGUUUGACACUUUCCCUACUUCCCGACCAUCAGACAUCGUCAGGAUGAGAUAUGACAGACUCAGGAGCAUUGCUGGUAGGAUUCAGACAGUUGUUGGUGAUCUUGCAACUCAAGGAGAGAGACUCCAGUCGUUGCUAAGCUGGCGUGACCCGCGUGCCACUGCUCUCUUCGUCCUGUUCUGUCUGAUAGCCGCAGUGAUUCUGUAUGUGACUCCCUUUCAGUGGGUUGCUUUCAUCAUUGGCUUGUAUGUGCUUAGACACCCGAGGCUCAGGUACAGGCUCCCAUCAGUUCCACUGAACUUCUUCAGGAGGCUUCCUGCAAGAACCGAUUGCAUGCUCUGAGUUCCUUAACUCUCUCUUAAGAUUUCUCCAUUUCAAGAAAAAAAAAUUAUUUGGUUUCGUAUUUGUUCCGCAUUUUAUGAGAAUCUCUGUUAAGACAUAUUUGUUGUUGCCUUGUAAGAUAAGUUUAUGUUUUGGUUUUGCAUAAACUA